CCCGCAAUUCUUGUACUUCCUCAAACCCUUCUUGGGCCGGUGGCAAGAAAACCCCUCUUCUUCUGAAGAAUUACUCUGCAAAUUCUGGGCGCUCAGAUUAUUGCUAUUGCGCUCCUUCACCAUUACAAAGAAAUUUAACUUGAGACUCAAGAAAUCCUUAUUUCUAUCGACACCGACUUUCACUCUCUGGUCUCUAUAUAAACACAUUUGGGUCUAUCUUCUUCAUAUAACCCUCACUGAUAUUAUGUCCCUCUUUACUUACCCGCCCUUCACCCCUCUACCGCACACCGGCUAUAGUUUCACUGUAAACUCCGAGAUUUCAGAAGAAGACAAGCCAGCCAGUGUUAACUCUUCGGAGGCCAUAAUCGAGCUUCGCAUACGACAAAACUACGCUCUGAUCUUGGAACCCAUGAAAGGCCGAAGAGUCAGCCUGGACGACCGCUAUGUCAGUUCGCCGGAGCUCACUUUGCGGUUCAAGAUUCCUCUGGGGCUUCUUGUUGAUAACGGCCCUGCUUCCUUGCACCGGCGAGAUUAUAUCUUUUCGGCACAGCUGGCGUCGUUGCCGAUCAGUGCCGGUUUGGGCCAGUAUCUGAAACCUCAUAUUCAAAGCCACGCCGUUUUACUGGCUCAAGAGACUGGCCACAGAAGAGACUUCAAGAUGAUUUUCCAUGUCGUGAUUUCGAAGAUUGACUUGGCCGACGCGGAAGAGUGCGAAAAAAUUCGGAGAGGCUGGUUGAGCUCCAGUCGAGGAAGUGAAAAUCUUGAUGGGCCUUUUGGUUUUCAGAAUUUGAUGUAGAGAAGUAGUUUCUUCUUUGGCUGCAGCUUCCUGUAUUUUCUGCUCUAACCUAACUUUUG